CGACGCUCAACCACUGAGCCACGCUGGCUGGGCUGAUUUAUAUUUUUAAAAAGUCUACUCUGGCUGCCGUGUGAAGGGUACAUCAUAGAGGGGCGAGAGUGGAAGACAGAAGGUCGAUUGGGAGUCUUUUGUGAUUGUCCAGUCGAGAGUGGUGGCUUGGACGAGCGUGUUAGGUAAGAGACGUCAGAUCCUGGAUAUACUUGAAGAUGGAGCUGAUGGGUUUGCUGAUGUGAGAGAGUGAGUGAUCCAGGAGGACCCUGCUUGGCUAGCAUAUACGUGACUAGGUGGUCAGGAGGCCUGGAGUCCAGGCCCUUGGUCCGGGGAGAGAGAGGCCGAAGCAUCAGCAUGAAGGUGCCCACUGCCUCUCGAGCCAAGCAGGGGGCCUUCAGGACCAUGCCCCUCCGGUGGUCUUUUGGACACAGAGAGAAGCCGGUGGUGGCGUCGGUCGAGUUGGUGGAGUACUUGGAGUCCAGACGGAGGCCUCGGUCUACGAGCCAGUCCAUCGUGCCGCUGCUGACGGGCGCUGCUGGCGGGGACGAGAAGUCGGCGGGGCCGAGGUCAAGUGCCACCCCCUCUGCUAAGGGUGAAGGUAGUGAGCAGCGAGCCAGCGAGAGAGGACCAGCCGGCGUGUCCUGCCCCGAGGGCCACCUCAGCCAUGGAGUCUCGGAUGGUCUGAACACAGCGGGGAAACUGGAGGGACAUGCCGGCCACGAUAUCAGGCCCCCCAGGCAGUGUGACCUGCUGCUCACAGUCACACCCUCCGUGCGCACUGAGAAGCGAGCCCGGCCCGAGGGCCAGAGGACCGCGAACGGGAAGGGAAGUGGCCAUGUGGGGACCCAGGACGCCUCAAGUACUGUGGGCAGAUCAGCUCCUCACAAUGCCUUCUCCAGGGCCAGGGCAGAUGCAGAGGGAAGGGACCCUGAGACAGACAGACUCUCACAGGGGACCCUCACCCUUCUGAGGUCUGUGUUUUUGAAGAAGAACAAGAAGAAUGACAGGGCUGAGGUGUCCCCAGUCUCCCUGGGGAGUGGCAGACUGAGCCCAGCGGUGGGUGAGCAGACUCCUGUCUCGUCCUCUCCCCUGCGGGUGCCGGGGGGCCAGGCCAGGGGCCCGGAGGGCGCGGUCCGCUCUGCGCCCAGCUCUCUGCACCUCCCGCGCAAGGCCUGCAGGCCCCCGAGGGCGAGUGCCCCGAGCCCGGCACAGAGAAGUGCUCCCGGGGAGCACACGCCUUUCGGCAGCUUGCAGAGGGUGAAAUACCACACUCUCUCCUUACGGCGAAAGAAAUCGUUACCGGAGUCCAGCUUUUGAUGGUGCGGCCCAGUGUCGUGUGAAGCUGGCAUCCUCUCAGCUCUGUCCCGAGCAGCUGCAGGCGGCCUGGCUUGCGAGCAGGACUCUGGGAAGCCACUUGUCUUGGGACCCCUGAGAAAUAAAAUAUUUUUGGUCUUCACGUCUAGAUUUCCAACACAUCCGAACACCUUCCUGUCUUGUCAGCUGCUUUUCUCCUCAGGGGACACUAGAGGGUGCUGUUGGGUCAGCAUUACCGGUUCAGGCCAAGAACUGCUGUUUUGUUUAAAUAAGUCCAGGACCUGAGGAAUUAUUUAAAGAGUGAUCGGUUGUGGGCACACCUUUCAACAUAACUCUGUAGGGAAGCCCAGUUAAUACGAAUCUUCCCUAUCAAAUCAAAUAUUGCCAUUGGCUGCUCCUAUUAAUUUUUUUUUUAAAUUUAAAUAGGUGACUUAACAGGAAAAAUCUUUUCCUUUUAAUGUUUCUCUGGGAUAAAGCACUGAAGAUGCCAAAAAAAGUGGUAGUGGCAGGCAAGAUUCUAGGAGAGAGAUGAUUGAGGUGUUAGGAGAAUAUUUAAUAUAUAACAAAAUAAUUGUAUUAAAGAUUUUCAAGGUAUUUAAAAAAGGUAACUAUUUUGAUACUAGGACAAAAGGAAGUUCUUUUUAAAAAAAGUUUAAAUAUGAGGUGUGUGUAUACUUUUAAUAAAAGCCCAUCAUUGAAAUAUGGGAAUGGCUGGAAUACUCAUGUUUUAUAAAUGGUAUUGUUUUGUUCCUGCUGUAUCCACUCGGCUCAUUGCUGUUGAUAUCAGACCGUCAUUACUCGAGUUUUACUGGAAUUUCAAAAAGCUUUUAAUUAAAAUGACUUGCUUUAAAA